UUAAUGAUCCCCUCACGUCCGUGCGUCGCCACCAACAGCGAAAUAGGAGCGGGCGAGGAAGACGAGAUCGAGAGACGGAGCUUCACUCGUCCCACCCAGUUGUCCUGCUCGUCGAAAACCCCUACCUUUGCUCCUCAGGCGAUCGAUCCCGUCGUCGGGCCCUGCCCCCAGAUAAGAGUUUUUGGUCCUUCCGCAGCUACUCAAGUGCUCGGCCUAUUGUCAGAGCUGGAAUGGAGGGCAUAAAUGAGCAUGCUUCUGAUGAUUCUUGGUGUGAUGAUGGGCUUCUGAAUGAAAUCUCAGAUGCUGACUUAAACAGAGAACAGAAGAGGCGUUAUGAUCAAUUUUAUACAAAGGGUUAUCGAGAUGGUAUAUCUGCAGGAAAGGAAGCUUCUGCCCAAGAGGGCUUCAACAUUGGGUUUAAGCAAUCUGCAAGCAGUGGUUACAAAUGGGGAAUUGUUAGAGGCAUCACAAGUGCAUUUGUAAACCUCCCAGAUCAAUUCAAAGAAAAGUUAGUUAAGAAGCUUGAAGACAGAUGCACGUUUCAAAGUCUUUACAAGCCCGUUCAAGAGAUUUCCACGGACGAUGCUCUGAGAAUGUAUCACUUUCAACUACAACAAGAAAAUAAACAAUCUCAUCAAAGAUCAAAAGCGACAGUAUCAUCGGCAAUCGAAGAUUUUGACUGCAAUAAGUUAGACUUCUUUUUCAAGGAGCUUAUGUUACUUGUAAGUGAGUCUUCUGAAAUCAAAGCAAGUGUUGAUGUUGUAAAAGGAGAGGAAGAAGAAUGACCUUGAUGUUGAAGUACUUGGAGGGAUCGUUCAAAUUCACUUACGUCUGAAUUUUCUGGACAGAUUGUAAUUUUUUGAUGGCCUCAGAUUGCAAUGAAAAGAACUGAAC